AUGGUGACCGUCCGGCUAUCCGAGCCACCCACCCUGGUGGUGAAUACAGACUUGCCCCCCAACAUAUUGCCCUCCAGAAAGAGCAUCUGGGGGCACGAAUGCACACCAACGAGCGCAGCCGCGACCCCUCUAAAGGGGACAACCAAGACAGAGGAGGGGAGGGCGGAUGAAGAACGAGAGGAGACAAUAGCGAAGAAGGAAAUAGAAGCGGAAGACGAGACGUCGACGGAAGACGGUGUUGAACUGAACGCGCCGGCCGAUACUCGCAGGACGUUAGAGCGAGUGGGGGUAGCCAACGACGACGACGACCUUACGGAUGAGUCCGACGCCGAAGAGGUCGACUGGGACCAAUUGCAGAAAAAAGAGGACGAGCAAGUCAAAGAUCAGGACGACAAUUCCACCGCACUGCUCCUGGCGCGGCUCGAGCAGGAAAAUAACAAGCUGGCGACGAACCCGAAAAGCAUCAAGGUCAAAGUCGUCGAGCAGCCGCAAACUCGUAGACCGAGACCACCGUCGAUGGCCCAGAUGCGACACAUGGUCAACGGGCCUACGCCCACGGCGUUGCGGUACUCGGUCCUCCCCCCGCCGCCUAUGACCGACCUGGAAUUUUAUAUGGCUCUAGUCAAAGACUACCAGCAGACCGCGGCUCGCCUCCCCACCUUGCUAUCGAAGAAGAUUCGAAAGGGCGUGCCGCCCCCGUUGCGAGGCGUCGUCUGGCAGAGCAUGGCCGGCGCCCGCGACAGCGUGCUCCUGGAACAGUUCGACAGACUCAGCGGCGAGGCUAGCCCCUACGAGGGGCUCAUCGGCAAGGAUCUCGGGAGAAGCUUCCCGGGUGUCGAUAUGUUCCGGGACCCAGACGGAGACGGGCAGCGGAUGCUCGGGAGGGUCCUGAAAUGCUUCAGUCUCUAUGAUCAGAAGAUAGGAUACUGCCAAGGACUGGCUUUCCUGGUCGGCCCUCUGCUGAUGCAUAUGCCAGACAACCAAGCUUUUUGCGUGCUGGUCCGGCUGAUGGAAUAUUACGGCCUGCGAUCUUGCUUCUUACCGGAUCUGUCGGGCUUGCACGUUCGCAUCUAUCAAUUCCGGGAACUGCUGCGCCAACAUCUGCCCACGUUAUCGAACCACCUGGACGAUCUCCAGGUUGACCCAGCCUAUGUUUCACAAUGGUUCCUCUCGUUCUUCGCCGUGACAUGCCCCCUGCCCAUGUUGUUUCGCAUCUACGAUGUCAUUUUUGCCGAAGGCGCGUCGGAAACUAUCAUGCGGGUGGCUCUGUCGCUCAUGCGCAAAAACGAGAGCCGCAUCUUGGCGUGCACCGAGCUCGAGGAUGUCAUGCAACUCCUUUUGUCGCGCGGCCUCUGGGAUUGUUAUCACUACAACGCCGACGAAUUCGUCGACGAUUUUGUUAGCCUAUCUAGCGUCGUUUCCAGAGAGAAAUUGGCCCAGCUCGAGCAGGGGUAUCGCGAGGAAAAGAUCGCCAGCGCCAAUGCCGCCCGAACGGCCGAUGUUACCACAGCCGCCUCCCGUUUUCUGGGCCGUCUCUGGACCACAAGCACCUCGUUCCCGAGACCAGGAAAUCUUUCUCCUGGCCUCACCGCCCCCUUGAGACCGCUGAGCAUGCUUCGUCGAAGUACAUCGAAGCAGAGCUUAGCAUCGACGUUGAAUUCCAUGGAAGCAAGCUCGGUGAGCGUCCUCAGUUCCGCAUCUACUGACGCGACGACCGUAUCUCGCGAGUCCUCCCAUGCCGACGAUUCAUCGGUGCGCGAAUCGGCAACGCUUGCCCCCCCGAAACAGCAAUCCGCUCGCGUCGCUCCCGACAAGAACCUUCAUACCCAGAUCGAAGACCUCCUCACCGCCCUCAACGAACUGCAGCGAAACCACGCACUAUUGGCCACUCAGCUCCAACAGGAAAGGGAAGAGCGAGAAGAGGACCGCAAGGCUGUCCAAUCGUUACUCGAUGGAUUGAAGAAGAAGGCUAGCAACGGAUCUGUCAAGGCCGCGGGAGAUGAUGCAAGUCCUGGAGACAGAGCAGAAGAAGAGAAAGAGAAAGAAGAAAGCGAAGAGGUCUCCGAGCAGCGGCUAUCCUCGCUGCUAGAAGCAGUAGAAGGCCGCUUCUGCACCGAAGAGGAGCGCCAACGCCGGUCCUCCUCGGUGCAAACCAAGUCGCAACUCCAAGACGAAUUGGCCAGGACGAAGGAGCACCUCAGAAUCGAGAAAUCUAAGGCCCUAGACUUCAACCGCCGCAUCGAAGACCUCGACCAAGAGGCCAACACGUUGCGAGAACAACUCCGCGAGAGCCACGUUCACGUUCGAAACAUCCACCAGGAGAAGCAGCGUCUGGAGAGGCAAAUACACGCUUUGCGUGUGAGAGCCUCCUCAGCCGGCCCACCCGGGUCGGAGGGCGGUGGCUGGUUCUCUUCUGGGGGCAACCUUGCUGCCGGCAGCGGCGGCGGCGGGUCUCAUGCCGGCCUUCGGGAAUUGAAGCUCGUGCGUAGCAAGUCGACGCCCAAUACCCAAUCGGCCUUUGGCCAGCGCGGCUCCUCGCUGGUCCGGACACAGACGGAGCCCGUCACCUCGAGCGAGCACGAGGCCCUCGUCAUGGAACUCGUGCAAGCUAAGACGGCUGAGGCGGUAGCUCGGCAGGAGGCGGACGAGUACAAGCAGAAACUAGAAAACUUACGGAAGACGUACGGACUUGGUCCGCUGGAGACGCCUACGCCUACACCUACGGUGGCGUCAGCUGCGAUGGGAAUGAUUGGACGACUCACGACAUCGAUAUCCGACGCGAACGGUGGUACCAAGAAUGUAGCUUCCACCGGGGCGUCGAUAUCUACUUCUAGCUCUAAUAAUAAUUCUGGAGGAGCCGGCGGCUUCUGGGGAUGGAGGCGAUAG